UCCAGUAUUAAGAAUCUCGCCUUAACCCAGGCAGCUUAAUAGGGUGAAGAUACGAACCAUAACCAAACAUACCUUUUUCCUAAAAACUGCAAAGGAAGACCUCUUUGGUGAAAAUACCCAGGAACUCCAGGGGAAACUCUCCAAAGGAAAGGAAAGUGAACGAAAACAAAGGAUCAUGACUACUAAUUCUGUGAAAAAGAAUACACGGAUGCCUGAAGGGUCAUUUCCUACCAACUCUGGAUUUCUUGAAUACUCCCUGGGCAAAAAAGAGAGCCUUAUGAAACGCUUUAGGAUAACACUGAAGAAAAUGUUCCCAGUCUAUCAAAAAGCAAGCAAGAAAGCCAAGGGGCACAAUAACAGGUCUUCAAAGGCACCGACGCCUUCCGCAGGUCCUGCUGUUCCCAACAAGCACCAUGUCCUUCCAAAGACUAAUUGGGAAUUAUCUCUGCCAAAAGUCUUCCCAAAACUGAAAAGGCAGAAGGUCUCACAGAAUGCAUCAAUUCUGUUAGAUGUGAACAUUGUAGAAGAGCGUGCACACAGUGUAAGUGGGGAAAAUGCAGUUAUGGAAGCAAGACAGAUGACAAGACGCAUCUCAGUUGUGUCACUUCCACCUGGAAUCAAAAAAGUUUCUUAUCUGGCAAAAAAGAAAAACUUCCCACUAUUCAAAAAGAAGAAAAGCAUGCCAGCAGCAUGGUACCAUUCAGACUUAACGCUAGGGAAACUUCAAAUGGAGAUUGACAAUCUCUUGGAUAACAUUAGUGAAAAAUCCAUACAACUAUUGGCUUUGAGAAGUGCAGAGCUGCAACACUGUGAGUCUUUGGGAGACAAGAUACUCCAGGCCUCUAAGCAGUUUCAAAAGGUGUCCAUAAGAACACCAAAGAAGCAUAAACCGAAAAAAAAUUGUUUUCCAUGCAAAUGUUGUUGCUAACAUGCUUAUGAGACAGUAGAGGUACAUUAAAAUUUUGAUUCAUUACAAACAUUAUAAAUAGCAAGAUGUGGUUUUGCUCUUUCAUAGUUCCAAUAAUCUAAGCUGAAAAGACAAGGAUGCUAACUGGCUCAGAAACAAAAAGUUC